GUCACCAUAGAAACUAAGUGUUAAUGAAUUGUGAUGAAGGGUAAAUGAAGGCAACUGAGAUCUCUUACUGAUUUCCUUGACUUGCUUUUAUUACAAAGAGUAUAAUCUAUUAUAAUGGAUUGGAAAAAGCAGUUGCUGGAAGGGUUAGACCCAGCUGAGCAGGUAUUGUUGAAGGAAGAAGAAGCAAAACGAGAAAGAAAACGAGAAGAAACAAAAAUUUCUCUAGAAAAGAUAAAGCAGAGGAUAUCUGUUGCAUUAGAGGAUUACAGUGGUCGGGAUGAAAUAGAGCACUUCGAUUCUUUCCAGAAUGCUGAUGCUGCCAUUGAUUUUGCCAGUAUCGUUAAUCCAUCUAAGUUUUAUAAAUUGUUAAGUAACGCCCAUAUGCGUGCCAAAUAUGAACGGCAACUAAUGAUUUGUUUGAUUGGGUUUGAAGAAAAGUGUGAGGAGAAAGAGCAGGUACUUCUUUCAUUAGAUGACUUUUUUCAAGAAACAAGUAGCAUUGUAAUGAAUAAAAUUCUAGCUGAAGACUUGAUCGAUUUAGAAGAUGAAAAUACUGUUGAGUUAGAAAAUGCUAUAGAGUCAACAAUUGGCAUGGCAUCAAAACUUACAUCAAUUGUGAAAGAAAUUAGUCAGAUGCUAACAAUGGCAUCUACUUAUCCAGACAGCAAAAAAGGAAGACGAAAACUAGAAAAGGCACUAGUCAGAGCAAGGGAUCAAAUAGAAGAAUUGUCUGAAACAGUACAAAUAAGCAAAGCAGCCUUGGAAAAAAGUAAAGAAGAUUAUAAUGGUCUUAAGAAAGUUUUGGAAGUAAAAAAUGCUGAGUGCAUGAAAAUACAAACAAUAACAACACAAAAGAAAUUACUUGAAGUUGAGAAUAACACUUUACAGCUUGAACUUAAAAAUGUUACAGAAAAAUUAGAAAAAUCUAAGCUGGAAGCUUCUCAAACACAGUCUAAAGCUGCAGCUGAUUCUACAAAUGAGAUCAAGGAGUUACGAACAGCAUUAGAGUCAAAUCAACAAAUGUGUCAGAAGCUUAAAAAUGAAAAAGAAGUAUGUGUGAAAGAGCUACAAGAAACAAUUGAUACCAUGAGAGAAGAGCAUGACAUGCAAAUGGCGGAAAUGCAGUUACAGCAUGAAAAAGAAUUAGAAAACAUUAAGGCAAGAGAAGUCAAUUUUGUAGACUACGAUUUAAAAAUGUUUGAAGAAGUUCAGGAAGAAAAAGAAGAAGAAAAAGAAGACAAAGAAAAAGAAGUUAAAAUUAGCAAAAGCAUAGAGAAACAGGUUUCUGUAAAGCAAGAUAUGGAUGUAAUUGUAGCUCCCAUUUCCAAUAAAGAGAGUGAAGAAACCAAUGAUGUAGUUGCCCCUGCCAUUAACGUUGUGCCCAAUAUGAUCAAAAAUGAGCCAGUUGCAGUAGUAACAAAUACUGUUAUCACUGUAAAUAAGGAAAUAUCUGAAGGAGAAGCUAUUGCUAUAACAGCUUUACAGAAGGAAUACGUUGAAAAGGAAAAUGCUAUGAAAUCUGAGGUACAAAGUAUCAAGAAAAAAUCAAAAACAAUCAUAUCAUCAUUGAAAAAUGAAAUCAACUUGAAAAGCAUUUUGUUAUUAAAGGCUACUGAGGAAGUGAGAGAGCUUAAGAGUUUCAUUGACAAAUUUCAAAGAGAAAGAGAUAGAUUAAAGGAAGAAAUUAAUCUAUUACUGAAUGAAAGAAGUGAAUUGAUGGAAUGGAAAACUGAGCGGAAAUCCAAAACUGCAGAUUUAGAAAGUAAGGUGCAAAAUUUGCAGCACCAGCUAGAGGAGGCUGAAUCAAAGUUGCAUCAACUUUUGCAUCCAAAAGAUAUGGUAACACGUAGUACACAAUGUGCACUGACAGGCUCUUUUUAUUCAUUGUCAUCAUCAUCAUACUUAUCUGCUGAUAGAUCAUCAUCAUGUGACACUCCAAUCAAAGAAAUUCUGUCAUUUAACAGCUCCCAUGAUUCUCCAAUGAGCAGUGCUCCAACACGUUAUUCUGCUGCAAGUCCCAAAUCUCCUCAAGCUAUGUUCCCUAGACUAAAUACUCCACUUUCCUCUUAUUUAUGGCAACAUAAUGAUAGGCCUCAAAGUGUCACGUUUGAUCAUCCCAUAGUAACGGAGUGGAUGAAAACUUUUACAACUGUGAUGAGAUUUAAGAAAAGAGUCCUUGAUAUGAUUAAAGCCCAUGCUGAAACACAGGGUGCUAGCACGACACAAGAUGAAGACAGCAUUCCCAGCACAUUCAGCCUUGACAUGAGUAAAGAAGUACAGGGACAAGUGACACAGAUGAGAUUUGCUAUUUCAUCAACCCUUCAAAAUUUGCAAGUUGGACUUCAGGAAAGCUUUUCAUCAACAAAAUCUCCAUUAAGUGGUCAAGAAUCACCUAACAAAGAAGAAAUCAAGGAUGAAGUUAACAAGCUCAACUCUCAAAUUGAGGAGUUUAAGGAAAGACUUCAAGUGACAAAUGACAGGCACCAAGCUGAGCUGCGUAAAAGUCAUGAUGCUGUUGCAGAUCUGAUCAUGGAGGUGGACGACCUAAAAUCAGAUAUAUCUCAUCUCCGUCAAAUUUUAAGUCACUCAAAUUUGGGAACUGCCUAUUUCACAAGACUUGAUUUCAAACGAAAUGAACAAACUCUUUUGGAAGCAAGAAGGAAAAAUCAAAUUUCAGAAGAAGAAUACAAAGUUGUUACAAGCAAAAUGAAAGAGUAUAUUAGUAUUCCUGGCCAACAGCUUCAAAGCCUGGCUCAACAAGUAAGCCAAGAGAUUCAUAUGAAGGAAGCACUUAGCAGUGUCUUUCAAUCAGUAUCAUCGCCUAAACAAAUUGGUAGAUUGGUCAAUAUGCUGCAACACUUUCAAGACAAGAGAGAGAAAAAAUUUCAUCAAAAGAUGGAUGCCUUGUCAACACGAAGAAUUCGCUUAGCCAGCAAUAUACAAACUGCACUUACCAAAACAGAAAAGAACACUGGUCUUUUCCUUGUAAAGCCAAUUUAUCCUGUUAGGCCACACUCUACUCUCAUGACCCCAUUACAGCGUGCACCUCCACUAAUAUUACCUGAAAAAGGUUCUGUCUCUUCACGUGGUACCAAUAGAGACACGAAUGGGCCACAUCCUACCCUCCGCCUCAUCAGUUUUAUACAAUCAAAUUCAACCCAGUAUCAACAUGCUCAAGAUUCUCUCAAGAGGACAAUUGAGACUCCACACUCACAAAGAGUUCGACCAUACACUGAAACAUCUCAGAACUGGUCUGUAGUUACAUCAAGGGCACAUUCUGCAAACCAUCCUUCAUUUUCUCCAGUCAUACCGAGAAUGGUUGAAUUAGAAACCUCUCGUCUUCGUGAGCCCGUUUCCCUCUUGAAGAGCUGCAACUUGGAGCAGAGUAAGUAUGAAAGCAUUGGAAAUUCUACUCAGAAGCCGAAGUCUAAAAUACAUGCACUACCAUCAGUCUGUGUACCUAGUCUAUAACAGUUUGACAAAUUACAUGAGACUGUUAAAGUAUUGUUAAUUUUAAAAUGAAGUGUUAUAAUUUUGAGUGAUA